AAUCCCACUCUUCCGCCAUGGACUGCAACUGUGUCUCGGAUCUGCUCCUCACUUCCCCCGUCCCCGCACUCUGGACGCCAGGGUUUGCCUUCCCGGACUGGGCCUACAAGCCGGAGUCGAGCCCGGGCUCGCGCCAGAUCCAGCUGUGGCACUUCAUCCUGGAGCUGCUCCAGAAGGAGGAGUACCAGAACGUCAUCGCCUGGCAGGGAGACUACGGGGAGUUCGUCAUCAAGGACCCCGACGAGGUGGCCCGGCUGUGGGGCAUACGCAAGUGCAAGCCCCACAUGAACUACGACAAGCUCAGCCGGGCACUCAGGUAUUACUACAACAAGCGCAUCCUGCACAAGACGAAGGGCAAGCGCUUCACCUACAAGUUCAACUUCAGCAAAGUGGUGCUGGUCAACUACCCGCUGCUGGACAUGGCCGCCAGCUCCCCCUUCCUCCUGGCCCAGAACCCCUUUGGAGGGGGAGGAGGGGGAGGCGGAGGAGGAGGAGGGGGCCACGGGGCCGAGUGCCCCCCACUCACCCAAGAGGCCCUUCAGAGCCUCUUCUCUGGCGGCCCCCGCCUGGGGGACCCUUCUGCCCGCAACCCACUCUUUGACCGCCAGACGGAGACCGAGAAGCUGCGCCUGGAGGCCGCCUUCCCCUUCCUGGGGUCAGGUGUGGCGGGGGGUUUCUCGAAGCCCCCCGGGGGCGGCCUGCUGACCCCUUACGGCGGUGGCGUGACUGCAGUGUCCAGCGGUGGCCGGAGCGGCGGUGGCAUCUCGUCUUUUGGGGACUUCCCGUGGGGCUUCAACCCGUACCUGUCGGGGGCCUUCCCGCUGGGGGGCUCCAAGCUGCCGGCCUCGCUCUACUCGCCCCACUUCUACCCCAACCCGCUGGCGGGGUCCCUGGCGCCCCCGCUGCCCUCCUCCGUGGGGCCCGUGGCCUCGCUCCUGGCGGCCGAGGGGGGCCCCGGGGCCCUGGGGUGCGGGGCCCCCCUCCCCCGCCUCUGCCUGGCCCCCCACGCCAGGCCUUCCUCUCGCGGGGAGAAAGAGCCCCCCACGGGGGUCCGCCCACAGAGCCCGGGGGGGCCCGGGGCCCCAGAAGAGGACCCCGACUCGGAGCUGGAGAUCACCGACCUCAGCGAGUGCAGCUCGGACAACGACGCGGAUGACUUCAGCCCCGGGAGCCCCGUGGGGGGCCCACCCAGGAGGGGGGCAUCGGGAGGGGCCCCCAAAGCGGUCCCCGGGGCCGGAGGGGCCCCCGCCAAGGGCGAGAAGGGCAAGGGCCUCCCGGGCAGCUGAAGGGCCCCCCACCCCUCAAGAAAGGC